CUCCUUCGACUUCCGGACUGUGCGCUGCUGCAGGAAAAACUGGUUCUUGACGACUGUUUCUUUCCCCUUUUUUGUAAACAGUUUACGACGCAGUUAGACUUAUUCAUAAAUAUGCGCUGGUUCAUUCUAAGUAGGUGAUGACUGUAAUUGUGUAAGUUGUUUUCUAAAUAACACUGCAGUGGAAAGCGAGUUUUGGGUGAUUCUGAAGCUCAAGGCAAUAUUUUUAAAAGAUGGCUAGACCUUCGGCCCCAAGAUAUAAAUACAGGUCCACAUCGCCGUCAUAUAGGAGAAGCCCGGAACCAUAUGAAAAGCAGUCUUUUGCCCCCCAUUAUAAUGAGGAUUUUCAGAACUAUAAAAGAGGACCUGGAAAACAUUCUCAGUGGAAGUAUUCUGAAAAAGAUAAAGAUUUUGAAGAAAAUAAUUCUAGAAUUCAUCAUCAUGAUAACGGCAGACAAAAAUACAUUGAUUACAGGCAACCUCCACCUAAUGCAAAAAGAAUGCAAUCAGAUACUUUUCAUGGAUACUCUAACCACAGAAAGCCGACAACUACUGAAACGUUUCAUACCUCAAAUUCUCGGAGACCGCCAAGUCCAGAUAGGCCAAGAAGCAGGGGACUGUAUGAGCCUAAUAAAUACCCAGAAGAGAUGUCCAGUGAUGGGUAUGAGAGACAACAUUAUGAGGAUAAAACACAUAAGCCAAAUCGAAUGAAGAGCCCCAGGCAUUUUAAGGAUGGUGGAAAAGACAAGCCUUAUGACCGUUCACUACGUGAAGAAAAGUGGCAGGAUAAAAAAGAUUGUGCCCCUUCCUGGUCAAGAGAGUCGUUUUCUGUUUCUCCUCGAAGAAGCUCCGAAGAAUUUCAUGGGCGAAGUUCUUAUAAAGAAAGAAACCGGAAAGAAUCGUUUCAGCCUGGGUAUCCUGUGGAGAGGGGUUUCAGAGACCAAGGUCACUCAAGAGAAAUGGAGCGGUAUCAACAAGAGGAAGCUCCUCGCAGAAGUCCUAAGUGGAAACGGAACCAUUCUCCUCCACCAUUUGUCAAUGACAUGCCUGAGGAUUUUUCACGUGAAGAUCACCGUCCAGUUGACAGAGGUUACUAUGAGGAAGAAGUGACAGGAAAUUUGACGUUCAACUAUGAUCACAAGCAUCCAAGCAGACGCUCCCCGGGUAAUUAUCAGCACCCUAAAAGCUACCCCAGACAGGAAGAAGAUUAUGCUCUGAGCUCUCGGGAUAAAGAAGGCAGUCAUUUCAGUAGUGGAAAAAUCCAUUCAGCUGCAGACAGACAUCCAGGUUCAGCAGUUAACCAAGAUAAAACUUUUUAUGGAAGUCCCUCAAAGCCUCGGAAAGCUGAUGUGGACUUGAGACCACAAGCAUCUGAGCUGGUAAGCAGAGAGAAGUUCAGAAAUGAUUCUGGUAUGUCAAAAGGGAAUUAUGAAGAAAGUUUUAAAGAGAAGAGGUUUCUCCGCGGUGAACUGCAUUAUUCAGGUGUACAGAAACCUUAUAAAUCAAAUUCCUUCUUGGAAAGCACCAGGGGUGAGACUUUAACCAUCAAAGUUGAUAUGAAGCAUACUUUAAGCAACUAUAGCUCCAAUAGCCACACAACAGAGAGGCAGCUUUCUCAGGAUUUAGUUGCAGUAAGCAGGAGAGGUCUGGAUUUCCAACCUUUAUUAAAGCAGUCUGGCUCAUUAGGUCAGAACUUUCGACAUUCCCACACUGGGGACUUUGCUCAAGAAAUCAUUUCUUUGGUCCACCAAGUCAAAGAAAGCUAUUUUAAAACUGAAAACGUAACUUUGAAUGAUCGAUUUUCAAAUAUUCAAGAAUUCCACUCUGACUUGCCACAUGAAGAAAGACAGCCAUUAGCGCCAAAAAUUAACAGACGCAUUGAUUUAUCCCUGUCUGACCUUAAAAUGAAGAAAGUGAAAAAGUCUGGCCCUUCACAGGCAAAUUCUAGAGUCGCUGAAGAUCCAAAUGAUCUUAGGCAUGAUAUUGAGAGGAGGAGAAAAGAAAGGUUGCAAGAUACUGAGGAACAUAACUUUGCACCUGAGCAUCUUCCAGAAGGUGAUCAUUUCACAGGAAGAUUCAAGAAAAGCUCCGGUUUUAUAAGGGGACAGCAAGAUGGCGAGCAUUUCCCAAGACAAGGCCAUUUUACCAACUUUCCAGAAGGGAAAAGAGGCAGACGAUCACCAAAUAUGAUCGAUGGAUAUCGGUCCAUGCCAUCAACUCCAAAACCUACAUUUGCUCGGAAGAGACCCUUUGAAGGAAAAUCUGAUAACUUCAUACCCACAAAAAGGCCUUUCAGGGCACCCUUUCAUCACAGUCACCACUAGUCGACUCCUUUUGAAGACAUCAUCAAAUGUUACUUACUCUCCGGUGUAUCAAAUCCAGAUGAAGAAAGGCAUUAAAAUCUGCUAAAGUAUUUUCUUAUAAACUCUCAGCCAUAGGUUAAUUCAGUGUAAGCAUUUUUCAGAACCGUAUUGUUAAAUCCGUCCAAUUUAUAUUUUGUAACUAUUUUAUUACAAAAAUCAGUAAAACCUAGAUGUCAUAUGGAAUUAACAGUAACCCAUAUAAAUAUAAGGCUUCAUCUCAUUAUGGAAUAUGAUAUCCUACAUUUUCUUAUAUUUAUGAGUGGAGUCUGUAAAUUCAAAUUUUUGUAUCUUAUGGGAAUGUGGGGUUGCAUAUACUGUAAUGGAUUUUUCACCUCUGUCAUAAGAAAAGGCUUACUUAUAUAAAAGCUGUUUUCUCGAUGUCCACUGAUCACUUGUUAGGACUGAUAUUUGAGUGGACCUUGGAACCAUAUUGUAAUAGUGGCUGCUAAAUGGGUUUCUGGUUAGUGUUUUCUCUUAAAAAAAAAAAAUAAUUUUUUGUUAAUUAGCUCUUUAACACCCAUCACAGCACAAAGUUUGAAGUUGUUAUAGCAAUUAAAAAAUAAAAUUGCUGUUUUUCAUUAAACAUAAUGGUAAGUUAACAGUUGGUGAUAAGUGUAUAUUUACAUUAUAUUUCUCUAUCUCCUCUGCCAGACAAUGAUUUACAUUUAUUCAUUAGGAAAUUUACAUUCCACCUUUCAUUUGUUCAUUUGAAGGUUAGAUGAGGAUGCUUUGAAAUUUGUUUUACUAAUAAAAUAUUUUAAUCAGA